UUUCUAUAUUUGGAGAUUUCCUGAAACGUCGAAUAGAACUCAAAACCCUAAAAUAUUUUUGUGGAUUUGAGAAUUGAAGCAUGGAAGAGAGUUUCAGCGUUCGAGUAAGCAAAACGUUCGAUAUUCUAGAUGGCUCAUCACCAUCAGCGACAGCGAGUGCUCCGUCUUCGUCGCUGUGGUCCCUAACAGGUGAGGAAAUCGAGAAGAGAGAAUGGAACAGGGACAAGGGGAGCCCCGAACCCCAACCCCGACCCUGCAACCCAGAUUCAAAUUCAAAGGACGAUUUCUUCGGUAACGAGCUGGAGAAGGACCUUCUGGACCUUGACGACGACGACGACGAUGACGUGGAAGAAGAAGAAGAAGAAGACGAGGUGGUGGAGGAGCAAUCUGCUAAGCCUAAGCCGAAGCCGAAGCCUAUGCCGGAUGAUUAUAACGAGGAGCAGUGGCAAAUUAAAACCUGCAUUGGCUUGGACUGUACUCUCGACCACGAGGAAGAGGAAGAUGAAUUUGACAAAGUGGCUGUUGGCAAGGGAAAUGCUGCAGACCGCUUUUAUAUGAAGGAUGUAAAUGACUAUCCGAUAGACAUUGAUUCUCAAUACGAGGUUCCCAAUUCAUUGAACGAUUUCACUAGAGACCCUCGCGCCAAUCACCUAGCAGCUAAGAUUAGACUCCAACUGGAUGCAGAAGCAGCUCGAAAAAUUGACUCCCUGCGGGUCUCUCGGAACACUGCACCAUCCGGUGCUAUAGCUGAUGAAUUCGUCCCGUCUGAAGAUGCUAUCAACCUGAAAUCAAUUUUGAAGAGGAAAAAUGAUGAGCAGUUAGGCUCAUCUAAAUCACAAAAGCGUGUUCGGUUUGACCCUGAGUGUAAAGAUGAUUGCGAUCAAGAGCCUGAUGGAUCCAAAGAUAUACCUGUGAAAAGCCUUUCAGGUGAAGAUCAUGUGUCUGCAGUUCCAGAUUACAUACGGAAUCCAUCAAGAUAUACACAUUAUACAUUUGAUUCAUCAACUGACAUGGAUGAGGAAGCUAACAGGCAAGCCUAUAUGGAUUUCCGUAAUCUUUUGGGGAUGUCAAAUACUACGGAUGCAGAAGUUUCAAAACCGAUCAUAUUCACACCAAAAAAGAAAUCAACUGAUGCGACAAUGCUAGAAAUUGAUGGGGAGUCGGAGAGACCAGUAGGUGCUAGUAAGGAAUCUGCGUCUUACAGAGUCGUGCCAAUUGCUAUUGCAGCCAGGGAUCACGAAGACAGUGAUGUGUGUGCAAUGGAUGAAGAUGAACCAGAUAUAGAAACCAGUGGAAGAACAAGUUCACAGAGGAUUGGCCGCCAGUUUCGUACAAGAACCAGUUUAGAGUUGGAUGAGUAAUUGUUUCAUUAUAGAUUGGCAUGUGAAAUUUCAACAGGAUACAAUGCCUUUUUUAGUGUUGUAUUGAUGUAUUUGCCUAUAACUAACUGAUUUCACAGGUUUAGGUUUUCAAUGAUUGAAUUAACGUUGUUUACCCGUUA